UCUUUCUUUUUUUUUGUCUUUUUUUUUUUUAAUCUUCAAGGUUAAAUUUACAUUUUUAAACUGGAGGAAAUCUGCAGACCUCAUCCACUUCUAAUUAAAAUAUAAAAUGAUCUUGCGGGCCGAGUAAAACUGCACGCUGGGCCGCAUUCAGUCCCCGGGCCUUGAGUUUGACACCCGUGUUUUAAAUGAACAAAUGAAUCUAUCUCUAUCUCUGUCUCUAUAAAUCAGACCACACCUUGUUGACUGUGUAAGGAGCUUGAUGGGCGUUGUACGUCUAAAGUAAUGUGGGUAUUAAAAGAGUCUCCUGCCUCUGCCAGCCACUAAAUCUCCUUCGUUCCUGAACAGUGACUAUCUCCUACUCUCUCAUCAAACAUGGACCCAGCGAGGGACCCGACUGCGAUGGAACUGGCUGUCGCCUGCAUUGUUGGGGUCUUCAAUCUUCACUCUGGUGGCGCUGAGAGUCUCACCAAGUGUCAGGCCAAGGACCUGCUAAAGGCAGAGAUGCCCGAGUUGGUCAAGGCAGCAGACCGUCAAGUAGGGUUUGACUGUUUGUUUGAUAAACUGGAUUCUAACAGCGAUGGCAAAAUCUGCUUCUCUGAGUUCAUCCAUAUAGUGGGGGGCAUGGCCACUUCCUUCAAUGAGAUGUUCAAAAGCAUGCAACAGUGCCAAAAGUGAAGGAGGACAACACCCUGGGGUGGAGUCGGAUGGCUCCAGCAGAGACGACAUCCCUGCAGUGGCUUCUUUGUUUACUAGAUAAAUAAAGUAAUACUCUCCA